AUGGCUCCUGUCACCCUUCACCUUAGAGCUGAGACUAAAGAUCAAGAAGCCCGUGCGGCUUUGACGCCAACUACUGUUGAGAAACUUCUGUCCAAGGGUUUCAAAAUAUACGUAGAAGAAAGUGAUCAAUCGACUUUCAAUAUCGAAGAAUACAAAAAAGCUGGCGCUCAGAUCGUUCCUAAGGGUUCGUGGAUUAACGCUCCCAAAGAUCGUAUUAUCAUUGGCUUGAAAGAGAUGCCCGAAGAAGACACUUUCCCUCUAAUACAUGAACAUAUCCAAUUUGCGCACUGUUACAAGAACCAGGCAGGCUGGAAAGACGUUUUGGGCCGUUUCAAAAGAGGUCAUGGAACUCUUUAUGAUCUUGAAUUUUUGGAAAAUGACCAGGGAAGAAGAGUGGCCGCUUUUGGAUUUUACGCCGGUUUCGCCGGUGCAGCCCUUGGUUUGAAAGACUGGGCUUUCAAACAAUCGCAUUCCGAUUCUGAGGAUCUGCCAGGUGUCACUCCGUUCCCUAACGAAAAUGAACUCGUGAAAGACGUCACGGCAGACUUGAAAUCCGCCUACAAAAAGGGUGCCAAGAAACCAACCGUCUUAAUUAUUGGUGCUCUAGGGAGAUGUGGUUCCGGUGCGGUCGAUAUGCUACAAAAAGCAGGCAUUCCUUCUCGGAAUAUAAUCAAGUGGGAUAUGAAGGAAACUGCGCGCGGAGGUCCCUUCAAAGAAAUUGCCCAAGCUGAUAUCUUCAUCAACUGCAUUUAUCUAUCCAAGCCAAUCGCACCUUUCAUCAACUCCACGCUACUGAACGACUGCAACAGAAGGCUGAGAACCAUUGUUGAUGUUUCUGCGGACACCACCAAUGUGCACAACCCUGUCCCAGUGUACACGAUUGCCACAGUAUUCAGCAAACCGACGGUACUAGUGCCAACCUCUGAGGGCCCCAAACUUUCGGUAGUGUCGAUCGAUCACUUGCCAUCUCUUCUGCCUAGGGAGUCGUCCGAAUUUUUCGCUCAUGACCUACUUCCUUCAUUAGAGCAGCUGUCAAAUAGACAUCAGGCGCCGGUGUGGGCUAGAGCCAAAGCUCUUUACGACAGACACUGCGCUCGUCUCGAUAGAAGAUCGAAGAUCUGA